AUGGAAAACAAUGACCCCGUUUCUCCGACUUGUGUUGUUCUCAAAGUAGUGAAUCUCCAAUGUUGUGAAGCUUGUCCUUCCAGGGUGAACAAAGAGCUUAAGAAAAUUAAGGGAGUUACUGAUGUCCAAAUGAACAGAGAAGAGGGACUGAUUACAGUUUUUGGUGAGGCAGAUUCUUCAAAACUCAUCAAAGCAGUGAAAAAGGUUGGAAGAAAAAGAGCAGUGAUUUAUAUGGAGCCUAAAGAUCAACCUACUGAACCAAGCUGCACCUGCUUAGAACACACAAAGAGCACAAAAUCCAAGAACUCAAGCAUCCCUGAUGACACAAAGAGCACCAAAUCCAAGCACACAAAGGCGAGUGCGAAACAUGAUGAUGAUGAUUCUGAUGAUAAUUGCUCUGCUGAGGCUGAUUUUGGUGACGACGAUCUGCCUCUGCCUCUGCCUCCACCAUUUAGUGAUCAUGGAGCUCCUUCAAGGUCCAACAACCAUGUUGCUUCUAAUGCAAGCUAUCAUCAUUAUCCUCAAAAUAAUCCAAUAAUGCUAGGUACCAAUAAUGGUGGUGGUGGUGGUGGUUAUUUUCAAGGGACAACAUUUCCUGUGCCUGCAUAUAUUAAUACAUAUGCAAGAUUUUGUAAUGGCUACAAUGAAUGUGUUCCUCCUCCAAUGGGUUAUGGUAGACCACAACAACCACCUUAUCAAUACAGUUACUAUCAAGAUCAACAGCGUUAUCCACCACAACCACAGCCACAGCAACAGCCUCCUCCUCCUCCUCCUUCUCCUCCAUGCUCAUAUUAUGGUGAUGCUAAUGGAUGCACCAUAUCAUGA